AUGUGCUACUUUGAGCAGACGCGCUGGACAUGCGGCUACUGGAAGUGGGGAAACUUCCGCCAGCAGUGCCCCAAGGAGUACCGCACCGGCGAGACGUGCGGGCUCAAGCUGGUGUACGCCACCGUGUACCGCAACGAGACGUGCAAGCUGUGCGAGCAGAUUGAGAAGAAGAACCGCCGUCUCGAGAAGCUGCAGCGAGAUGUGGAGCGCUGGCAGCACGAGGGCAACCGGCCGGCCACGAUCGAAAAGACGCAGCAAGACAUUAUGGAGAUUGAGGAGCGGGUGAACCAGCUGUACCAGGACCAUGUCACCCGGCAAGCCAGCGUGGCUUGA